CGGUGCGCGCUGAGCGCAGGCCAAGCUGCAGCAAGCGAGCGCCGUGCGCGCGCGAGGGAGAGAGAGAGGCAGAGAGCGCCAGGCGACGGCGGCGAAGGCGCAGAGAGAGUCUCGGGCAGCCCCGGCGCGGAGGGCAGGGCGGCCGGUCGGCCAAGGCGGAGCCGCGCCUGCGUGCGUCAGGCUCCAGCUGUGGCAACUCGGCAAAGUUCCGCCGAGGCUGGGCGAGCGGCGCCCGGGAGGCGAGCCGAGAGCGAGCCGGAGCUCGGGCAGGAGGACGCACGGCGCUUUCCCCGGCGCGCACGGCCAGCGCGCCGAGGAAAAGUUUGUGGCGCGGGCGGCGGAGCGGUGGCGCCGGCUUCCCAUGGAGGGAGCGCAGCCCGAGCCGGAGAGAGGCAGCAGAAGCAGCAGCGGCGGCGGCGGUUGCGCGCAGCCCUGAGCGGCGACCGGUUCCCGAGGCGUCUCCAUGGUGUCCCCUCGUCGCCAUGGCCAAAUGGCUGAAUAAGUACUUCAGCCUGGGCAACAACAAGACCAAGAGCCCCCCGCAGCCGCCCAGGCCGGACUACCGGGACAAGCGCAACGGCACGGCGGGCGCGGGAGGCGCAGGGCACCACGGCCACCAUCACCACCACCACAGCCACCACCACACGUCGCCGUGCUUCCCGCGCCACGACACCAGCGACCUGCUGCGCGCCUACCGCGCGCAAAAGGAGCGAGACUUCGAGGAUCCCUACAGCGGGCCCGGCUCGUCGCUGCGCAAGCUGAGAGCGCUCUGCCGCGCCGAGUACUGCGCGCCCGAGGAGCUGCUGGUGGAGACGCCCGCCGCCGGUGGCCAAAAGCCCUUCUCGUCGGCGUCGUGCUGCGGCGGAGAGGGCGGCGGCGGCGGCACCGGCAGCAACCCGGCCGUGGCGUCCGCUUCGCCGCAGCUCUUCCGCAGCCACAGCGAGCGGCGAGCGGCCACGCCGCCCGACGCCGCCGCCGUCAAGUACAUCUCGCCCAAGCACCGGCUGAUCAAGAUCGAAAGCGGAGAGGGCGGCAAGGGCAGCGGCGGCGGCGGGUCCCCCGUCACCUGGAGCCCGUCGGGAAGCGGACGCAAGAAGCUCAACAAGUGCCCCGAGCAAGCGGAGGGCGGCGGCGGCAGUGGCGGCUCCGGCACCAAGAAGGAGAAAGUCCUAAUAGCCGAUGACUACUCAGACCCAUUUGAUGCCAAAAGCGAGGGCAGCAAGACAGGCAAAGGAGAAAACACUGGCUACAUGGAACCGUAUGAAGCCCAGAGGAUCAUGACAGAAUUCCAGAGGCAAGACAGUGUGAAACCCCAGCAGAAAGACAUCCAGCUGUACGACACACCUUAUGAACCUGAAGGCAACGGCGUGGAGUCGGAUUCAGAAAGCGUCGUGAGUCAGCGCUUGAGAGAGAGCAAGUUGCCACAAGACGACGACAGGCCUGCAGACGAAUACGACCAGCCGUGGGAGUGGAACAAAGUCUCCAUUCCAGCUUUAGCAGCCCAGUUCAAUGGGGGAGAAAUGAGGCAGUCUUCACCUUCCCCAUCUUCAAACGAUCGGCGUCGACAGCUCCGAGCACCAGGGGGAGGCUUCAAACCUAUCAAGCAUGGGAGCCCUGAAUUCUGUGGAAUCCUGGGGGAGAGAGUGGAUCCGACCAUCCCACUGGAAAAACAAAUAUGGUAUCAUGGAGCAAUCAGUCGGACAGAUGCAGAAAACCUCUUGCGGUUGUGUAAAGAAUGUAGCUAUCUAGUGAGGAAUAGUCAGACCAGCAAGCAUGACUAUUCACUUUCAUUAAAGAGCAACCAAGGGUUUAUGCAUAUGAAGCUGGCGAAAACCAAAGAGAAAUACAUUUUGGGCCAGAACAGCCCCCCGUUUGACAGUGUUCCGGAAGUGAUCCACUAUUACACUGCAAAAAAACUCCCAAUAAAAGGAGCCGAACAUUUGUCGCUCCUUUACCCUGUUGCUGUGCGGACCUUAUAAUUUUGUGCUCUGGCCCGUGCUCCUCCUUCCUGUGGAUUGGAGAUGAGGGGUGCAGCAGCAAAAGUGCUCCUGCGCCGUCUACAGCGAUGCUUCUUGGGACAGAUGUCCAGUCCUGCCUUCCCAGUAGCGGGCUGUUGUAUAGUAAUCAUUGCACUACUUUGCAUGUCCUGUGUGGAAAUAUUGGUUUCUAUUUAUAUGAGAAAGAAAUGGCGUUCAGCCGCUUGAAAGAAAUGCAGGAAUACCGCACCCUCCCCCACGUCAAUGGAAAAGUUGCCAAAUCCAAAGAAUGGCCUUCAAACUUUCCUGAGAUCAGCAAGCUUGACAUCGUCUCGCCCGUGUGCGCAGAAUAUUCCACGUAUCGAAGCAGAACCUGCAAAAUGGACGCAAACUCUUGUGGCAGGAAGGCUGGGUGAGAAACGGCCCGUUGGCCUUCCUCAAACCCUCAAGGCCUGAGAACUGUUUAUUACGCACCCAACCCCAAAUUUGUGUCGUCGUUUUUUCUGCACAGUUUAAUUCAACAUGCGAGAGCCUCACUUUCGUUUUGUUUUGUCACAAUGAUGAUGUGAUCUGAAAAUCUUGAGGAGUAAUUUUGCGACAGCGAAAUGGAAACACAAACAAAAAAAAAGUUCAGUUAUUUAUGAAUAGGGUAUGUACUAAAAUAGUGGUUUAAUAUAUAUAUAUUUUUAUCCCCCUUCCCCUUUUUUUGGUACAAUAAUAAAGCUCUAAGGGUUUUCUGUGCUGAUUUCUAGAUUAAAGGCAGUGAGCUCUGUUUUCUGUUGUGUACGUACAAUGUGAGCUGUGGUGGUUCAGUGGUUUCCGGGGAGGGUGGGGUCAUUACGGAGGGAGUUGAUGUUUACACGACCAGAUUUCGGACCCAAAAGGGCUUUUGCAGAGCAAGCUCCCUUGAGCUGAUGAUGGCACCUAAGCCAAUAGUAGCCUUCCAUCUAGAUAUCCAACAAGCUGAAUUCUCUUCCAUCUCAGGGGUGUUGUGGGAGAAAGCUCAUGAAGAACAUGAUUCUGCUUCUCCAGCUGAGAUGUGCAAGUACAUCAUGUAGUGUAAUAUAAAUCGGGGCUGUUUUCCUACUCGCGACCGUACAACUGGGGCUAUCCUGUUAUGCACACGCGCAAAAUGUGUCUUGUGGUUACUGCUCCUCUUCUGCCUUCGUAACCAAUUGGAAAAGCUCUUGUCCUUCGCAGUGCAAGUGCAGUUGGCUUUCUACCUCAUCUUUAAAGCCUAGGUCCCUUCCCCAUCCAGUAUAGUCUCUGUGCCUAUUGAACAGGAAGACUGGUUAGCUGUAACUUAAGAGCAGAACUUAACAAGAAAAGGCCAGGGCCACAGCACAAACCAGCAGCAAACCUGGUCAGAUCCUUCCCUCUACCUUUCUGACAUCAGUGUUGCUUACCCUGAGAUCCCAAGGGUGUGUGUUUUCAUGGCAACAGCAGCCAAUGAAGCAGAUCAGAGGGGUGGGUGUGCACCACACAUUGGGGUUGGGUCAUGGGGUAAUUGAACUGAAACUCAAUGCUGGGCUGGGCUGCCAUCUUCACCUGCAAGCCCCAUGUUUCCCUGUGUCCACAUUGCUCCAAUAAUAUGGGCUUUGCAACAAACUUUGAGGCUGGUCCACUGCAUUAACCCUUCCCGUAGCACUGUGCAUUUCUCCAUUGGAGAUCCAAGUUGAGAGACUUGCUGUUUUCUCUUUUCUGACUUUCAACAUGGAUGUGAAAUUGGCCCUUUAAAAACAAAACAAAACUGGACUGUCUUUCAAGAAUACAACUUCCCUUCAUUUUUGUGCUGGUUUGAAAGUGUUAAUGGAAUACUCAUUAAUUCAACACUUAUGUAAAAUACUGCUUCAUUGUACUGUACAAAUGUGAAAAGAGAAGUCAUAGAAAUGGUGUCUCUUGUUGGCUAGUUCAUUUUAGCCCCGUAUGGACCAGUUUCCAAGCUGGUAUUAAUUCCAAGGUUCUGUUUUUACCUGUUUUGAGGACAAAAAAAUAAACCUCUGUAAAAGUGUCUGUGGAAUCAGCUGCCGAUAAUCUAAAUGGAAAUGUUCAAACUAACUGUGCAUGCCAAGUGUCUUGUCUGUUGUCGUUUGGUUUUUUUUACAAAUAUUGUGGGGUUUUCUCCCUAAAUGGAGUAAAAUAAUCCGUGUGUUUUUUUUAAAGCAUAAAAACAACCAGUUUUCCUUUUUUUAAUCUUCUUUACAGUCCCUCCUCCCUUGAUAGCAUGUGCCCUGGUCCUUUACAGUUGACUCAGAGUUGCUCACUGUUGCAUUAAUCAUCUGUAGCCAACUUGUGACCUGGGUGCUAGACAAGGAUGUUGCAGUAUACCUUGCCAGGAGCAAGAGUGCCGGUGGGCCUGGCUAUGGCAUAGAGUCCAGCCUAUAUUCCUCUCUGUGCCUCUAGCGUUGUCAGUGCUGCAUGUUCCCCAGCCCAAUUGGCCAGAAGGCAGCACCAAGACUUCCAAAGUGGGAUAUGUUCUCUGGUGCAUUGCUAGACUACCGCUAUCUGAGAAAAUCAGGAAGUUGCCUUAUACCCAGUCCAAUCAGUUGAUCCAUCUAGCUCAGUGUGCACCAGUGUUCUGCAACCCUUGGGUCCCCAGAUCUCUCAUCAUCCAUGACCAUUAGCUAAGUGGGCUGAGGAUGAUGGGAGUUGUAUUCUAGCAUCUCAGGAUCCAAGAUCGAAGAACACUGGUCUAUGCUAACUUGCAGCAGCUGCCCAGGAUUUCAGACACUGGUCUCUCCCAACCCUGCUUGAAGAUUCUGGGGGCCGAACCCCAAAGAAAAUGCCCUACCACUGAGCUACAAUUUAUGGCGCAUUUGGCAAUAAGGGUGCCCACCACUGAGCUUAGAAAUACUUGCUCCAUAGUCCUCUGUUGACAUUUUUGACCUGUUGAUUCACCGGUGAUUGUAUUCAGCCACCAACAGGAUUAUUUACACAGCCAAGCCCCAGCUCAGUUCUUUAGCUGUGAAGAUUGGGUGUGGAGCAUUUUCACAGUGACAAUUGCUUGCAGCCACUGGGUACAGCAGAACAAUUACCACUUGUGUGCCUCUGAUAGUCAGGAGAACGUCAUAGGCCUUGCACCUUCAAAACCUCAGCAGAAAACAACAGAAUUUACCCAAGCAACAAAAGGAGAACUCACUUGGGGGUCACUUGGCCACGGAUGGCAUUGAGUGUAAAUAUCCUGUGGUUUUUCAUGAGUGAUGUAUGUGCAUCUCUUAAUACUUUGGAGUAGCAAUUCACAUGGAGAUGUUUCCAUUGCAGAACAGAGCUUAGGGUCCCAUCUUCAGAGCUCUGUCACAUGAUUCUUGUUUCUUGAUGGUUCUUGGUGGUUCAUAAUCUGCUCCUUCCACACCUUUUCUGAUCUCAAGAAGACUUAUUCCUGAGCACCAACCACUAGCAGUUGAGCAUCUCUUCGCAGCAAUAAUAUGCAUUCAGUCGUAUGGUAUGAGAGAUUCUCAAGUCCUUUUUGUGAGCAUCCCAUAGGCCUCUGGAUGGCCAUUCUGAGAACAAGAUGUUGGACUAAUCUUUUAUAACAUUACUUUCUGGUUGAAACCAAGUAGAUACAUUUUCCCGCAGCAUGGAUUUCAUGCCCUUCAUGCCAUCUAUCCCAGAAGCAGCUCCAGGUAAGCUCUCAACCAGCUCAUCAUCAGUGAGUCCCUCAAGAGGUUUCAGCUGCUACUCAAAUAUGCUAUCAUUUUUUCUUGCAAAGAAGAGCGAGUUUGGACCCAUGUACAGAAACCAGAACAAACCAGCUAAGCUCUCUGCACCAUCAGCAAAAGAGCUUCUCACAGCUGCCUCAGGGACCCUUGAGAUGGAUGUAAUUAUGCCACCUCAUACAUUGGUAUGAAAAUUAUGUCGCACAUCAAAGCUUACCAUCUCUCUGAGAAGAUUUCUGACCUAGCUGUUUUUCUAAGAUGGCUAUUUAUUUAUUUUUAAUACCAGGUGCUUCCAGAUUCCUCAGGUUUCAAAUCUGGAAGGACACUACCACCUCAAAUGACUUAAUGUUUAAACUGACCCAAGGAGAAUAGACUCCAUGAGACGGAUACUCGAUCCAGAGUUGUGGUUUCCACAACCGUGACUGGAUUACAUGCUAGUGUAUGUUGCUUAGCCCUCCUCAACUCCAUACAGUUCAUGUAAAAAUACUUGUUCUAAAGCUGGAUUUUAUUUUUAUCAUUUGGAGCGAAGAACUGCGUUGGAAAAUCUAGGCAAGUGGAAAGUGAGGAACAACGUUCUGAUUUGGAAGUAUAAUUUAAGUCUGGGAGGUCAGAAUCGGGUCCCUUCAGAUCAGAAUUCACAAAAGAUCAAAGUCCUCAAACUUCCCUAGGCGCCACAACCAUUCUGCUAGUCCAGAGUAUUUAGUGCUUGUUGCAAGCUGCACAGAAUAUCACUCUUUUUUUUACAUUUGCUGUGGAGGAAUCAGGAAGAACUCUGCAUGUGGGAAUUUGAGCAACUUCCGCCUUCUUGCAGAAGGAGGUUGAUGUGGGUGGUGCUUCUGUCACAGGAGGCGACCCUAGGUCCCAGGACGCCAUCUUUCCAAGUCAGCCAAAGCAGACCGCACUUCUCAACACGGGAGCCUGUUGAUCUGGUCAAGGGGUUUAUGAAUCGAUGCUUCCUGCUGUUUUCCCUUAAGCAGUUCCACUUUCACACAGUUGCAGAAAUUCGCUAUCAUGUCCUUUGCUGUCAUCCUGGCAGACAAUUUUUUUUAGGACUCGUGAGCUAUCAGCUGGUUUACUCUGCAUCCCCCAUCACCCCACCCCAUGCUGGCUUUGAAUGUGGGGCUAUUUUAGCCAUAGAUCUGAUUUCUCUUUUCCAUCUAUUGCAGUGAAACUUCACAGGGUAUUAACCGGGAGACUAUCCUUAAUAUUGUGUGGCUUAUGUCUGCCCCUCCUACAGUCUCUCAAUGUGUUUCGCACAGGUGAAAAGUGUUAAGUGUUAACUUGCAGUCUCCUGUCCGAGGGCCUUACAAGAGUCUUCCCAUGGACUUUAGCAUGUGUUGGCCUUUUCCAAAUUAAUGCCACACGCAUGCGUAUAAACUAAGGUGUGUGAUUGUGUGUUUGUGAGUGUGCACAGCUGUAUAAAUCCCAAUUAAAGGGAAUGCAAUGGGCUUUAGAAAGUGUUUUUAAUUUAUUUUUUAACAGGAUUUCUCAGAGGUGCAGCAUGGCUGCAGCAUAAACAGAGCCUGUCUGUUCUUUUGCACUGUAAUAUUGUCUCUUGUUUUAUUUAAGUGAUUGUGUGAUGCUUAUUCCCCGUCUCCUCUGGUUUUCAAAGUUUUCCUCUUUAGAAAAAAAGAAACCCACACAAAACAAUGUCACAGUUAUUUGCGCCAUUGCUUCUGGUCGAGAGAUUGAGCAGCAACCGUGCCUGUGUAGUCCAUUAAAAAGUUUAUUUUAAAUAAAAAUUAUAAACCUC